CAGAUCCGCAUAUGAGGUGAUGUGACAUGGGCUGUAACUCCUCCAAGUCCGCGGUCAUACCGCUGGACCCAGACACCUCAGAUGUGUCUAUCACCGCCCGUACACCCCAGGGUCUGGCGUUCGAGAUCCCUCUGAGGGACGAGGAGGAGGAGAGCAUCAUCAAGAAACAUCCGCCCAAGAGACUGCGGAUGUUGGAGGAGCAACAGGCGUCACCUCCUACAUUGGAGGAACUAGAGGAGAAACUGGCGGAGGCGGAGCAGAGGAGACAACAGAUUCUCAGUCAACGAGUGGCGUCAGCGAGGGCAGCGCAGAAGUUGAAACGCAACGGAGAGAACAAGUCAAAGAUUGAACGAAUGUACCAGGAGCCCGGCACCGUGGAACUGUGAGACUCGUCUGGAUAUCUUGGAUAAGAAU